AUGGAUGACGAUGAGCGAUUGCAGAUCUGGCUCUCCCGCCACAUCUCCCGCCAGGAUGCCGAGACUGCGCUGAAGGGGCACCCUGAUGGCACCUACCUCAUUCGAGCGUCUGUCUCAGCUCCCGGCGACUACGUUCUCUGUGUCGUUUGCCAUGGACAGAUUCAGCAUCACCAGGUAUGUAUCAAACACAACAACGGACGAAUGCUCACACGCAGUGGACGAGAGCUGCAAAACCUUUCAGAGCUGCUGCGUCACUACAAAACUACCCUGGAUGGCUUGGAGGUUCUCCUGCGUGAGGGCACCUCGUAUUUUGAUCCCCCGAGCAGCGCCCCCAAAGGCUACGUGAACCUUGUUCACCAAGCCACCGUGGAUCACGACUAUGAAAACACCAAGGACCUCUCCCCGACCCUCAUCAACAAGAUGAAGGCAGCUGCCGUUCGCGACUCCACUCGCCGACCAGCCCCCGUGCCACAGGACGGCGCAGGGCCCAACGAAGAUGUCCUUCCGACUCCCAAGGGCUACGUCAACCUCAAAAAGGGUGAAACGGGCGCCGAUGUCGUGCCCACACCCGCCGGUGAUGGCAUACCCGAUCUUGUUGAAUUUGAGAUUCCUCAGGAACGUUUGCAGAUCAUGUCAGAGCUCGGCAGUGGCCAUUACGGCCAGGUCUUUGAAGCCUGGCUCAUGCCAGACCCUGAUGACUUUAAAGCUCAACGCAAGAAAGGCAAGCUGGUUGCGGUCAAAUCUCUCAAGGCACACGGCAACGAUGGCGCUGUGCGCGCCUUCCUUGGCGAAGCUCGCACCCUGUCUCAGUUCAGUCACCCAAAUGUUUUGGGCCUCCUCGGCGUGGUCACUCGCUCCAAACCCUGGCACAUGAUCACCGAACAUAUCCCCUACGGGGAUGUCCGCUCCGUCCUCAAGGCGUGUCGCAGUGCAAGCACGGCUGUACACGCCCAUGAACAAGUGUACAUGGCUGCUCAGGCAGCUGCAGGCAUGGAAUAUCUGGCCUCGCUCGGCUUUGUUCAUCGGGAUCUCGCUGCUCGCAAUAUUCUCCUUGGCCGAUAUUGCCAUAUCAAGCUGGCCGAUUUUGGCCUCUCCCGCGCCCUGGACACGGAAUCCCAGUACUAUGUUGUCCAGUCUCGCAGCCUCCUGCCCUUUCGAUGGAUGAGCAUUGAAGCUCUUAAAGAAGGCAAAUUCACAACACAAUCUGAUGUUUGGGCUUUUGGUGUUUUGUUGUGGGAGAUCAUGUCCAUGGCUAAAACUCCCUGGCGCAAGAACAGCACCCAGGAGGUGAAGCAGCUGAUUCUUGCUGGAGAACGUUUGCCUCCGCCCCGAAACUGCCCACAGACGUUGUAUUCGCUCAUGACAACGUGCUGGCAACCUGCACCAGCUGCCCGGCCCACAUUUGUGACGCUGCGCCGCAGCUUGGAGCAACAGGGCGAAUUGCUCAACCCAGAAAAGCUGAAGCCCCGUGAUAUAGGCCAGUUUGCUCCACGCAGCACCUCAGGCCCUUCCGCUGCCAUGCUCAAGUUUGAUCCGGAGGAGCAAUCGCGAGCCUCCAACCUGAUUGAGGAUUUGCAAAUGCCCCGUGAUGAGCUCAUCGUCAUCAAUGAGCUGGGCGCCGGUGACUUUUACCAGCUUGUGCUCAUGGAAAUGACUUCGGGCCUUACCGGCGGAGCCAAGUGCCAUGUCGCUGCCAAAAUGCUCAAGGACAAUGCCACAGAAGCAGACCGGGAGGCGUUUGAUGCUGAGGUGAACCUUCGGGCAUCCGAGCUUCUGGAUCAUCCCAAUGUCGUGGCUCUCAUUGGCCUUUGCACCAAGGACGAGCCCCCCUUUAUGGUGAUGGAGUAUCUGAGCCUCGGAGACCUACAGUCAUACUUGACAGCAAGCGCCCCUGCGCCGGGUCAGGUAUGUCCUGCCCGUGCAAGGCGCUCCAUUCCUCGCUCUUUUCAUCCUCUUUCACUGAGCACUUAUGAGCAAACGUCCAUGGCGCGCGACAUUGCCGCGGGCAUGAGCUAUCUGGCUGAACGAGACAUUGUGCACCGCGACUUGGCUGCUCGCAACUGUGUUGUCGGCCAAGGGCCAGUCGUCAAGAUUUCCAACUUUGGCCUUGGCAAGACACUUCGUGGUGGUGACUACUACUCCUCCUCUUCGGGUGUCAUGCCUGUUCGAUGGAUGGCUCCCGAGGCCGUUUGCUUUGGAAAGCAUUCGUGUGCGUCCGAUGUCUGGAGCUUUGGCAUUGUCUUGGCGGAAAUUUUUACUUUUGGUGAAAAGCCCUUUGCCCAUAUGACAGAUCUUGAGAUUUGCAAUGCGUAUGCCUCCGGAGGCAUGUCUGCGCUGCCUGUUCCGCCAUCGGCUCCCGAUGUAAUCGUGCACUGCAUGCAGGAGUGUCUCAAGGGCGAACCCAAGGAGCGUGUCUCUUUUGAGCAACUGCAAGAAAUGCUUGAUGAGGAACUUUCAGAGGAGAAUGUGGACGUUGAUGAAGAGCCCAUGCCCUUGGUGGACGACAUUGAUUGGGUCUCGGGUAUCGGCGAAUUUGUACAUACGGGGUGGAUGAUCAAGCAGGGCUCUGGCCAAGGCGCUUUUAGCCGCUCGUCAUGGAAGCGUCGCUGGUUUGCUUUGCGCGAUAACGGAACCUUGUCUUAUCACAAGGCUGAGCGGCCCGAUGCCAAACCGCUUGGGACCAUCGCCCUGGGGGAUACCAUCAAGGUGCAUCCACGUCCUCCGUUCGAGCUGACCUUUGCCCAAAAAUCAUGUUUUUCCAUGGUUACCCCGGGCCGAGUCUACAACUUUGUGUGUGAUAGCGAUGGUGAGCGCGAUGUUUGGAUUAGACUCCUCAAGGCCGCCAUCGACGCCCUACACUCCUAGAACAUGCCUGUUUUGUUGUGAAGGGAGCCAUGUGGCAUGCGCGAUGUCAAGGCUUUUCCACGCCUGCGUUCAAGCUGGUGUAUCCAUGCAUAUCAGUACUGGCGUUGAUAUGCUGCGCUUUGUUUUCUCGCUGAUACCUUGCCGUUCCUGUACUUCACGUUUUUUACGUUCUUUUUUUUUUUUUUUUUUUUCUGAGUCGUUCCUCUUGUUGCACGGUCUUGACAUUUCUGUGCGAGAACGAAUGUGUUUGCCUUUGCUUUCUACUUUUUCGAUUGAUUCCAUAAAGUUGCUCACACAAUACGCACGAGACGCGCGUGCGCAUACUUCUUUUGAUUUGCUUUUUACAUAAUUGAUCUUUGCUUACAAGA